UAGGGUUAUAUCGUAAACCACCGUGCCUACACAGUUUAGGUCCUUUUUCAAAAUAGCAAAAAACAUCUAAAAAUAACAGUAAAUAAAGUCCUCUGCCAAACCUGUAGUGGACUCUGCUGGCCGAUUCCUUCUUCCAAUAUUUUACAUUUGUCAGCUUACAUAGAACACAUGAGUCCUUAUCCCUAGCAUCCCUCUUUUCUAAACAAGCAGAACAGAUGUCCUUACUCGUAAUCACAUGACAUCUAGCAGACAAGAGUGUCCUUUAACAGAUGAGAAAGACUUGAAGAGAUUAAGAUUUCCAAGUGACACUGCUCCGUGUUCUCAGAAUUUCCUUCAUAGAGGAAGUUUGCAUACCUCGACUUGGGGUCUGCUAGAUGCUAGAGGUUGUUUCCUGGCUCUCUUUGUGGUCAUCUUCAUUGCGGUGAACAUGAGGACUGCAGCAGUUAAGUUGGACUCAGGAUCACUUGUCCCUUUAGGGUGAAAUUAGCAUACCUGUUGUCUUGACUGGCCAGCAAGUUCUCAAUUUUCAAGCCAUACUCAUCAUCAGGAAGCUUGAAGAUAAUAUGGUCUGAAUUCACAGUGAACUUCUGAACAUCGAAGUUGGUGUUGACCAGGCCGCCCUGGUCAUAGGUUCCUGAUUGUCUACGAUGGGUGAACCACAGCAAGUGAGCGCACUUCCCCCACCUCCAAUGCAGUACAUCAAGGAAUAUACAGAUGAAAAUAUUCAAGAAGGCUUAGCUCCCAAGCCUCCUCCUCCAAUUAAAGACAGUUACAUGAUGUUUGGCAACCAGUUCCAAUGUGAUGAUCUUAUCAUUCGCCCUUUGGAAAGUCAGGGCAUUGAACGGCUUCAUCCUAUGCAAUUUGAUCACAAGAAAGAACUGAGAAAACUCAAUAUGUCUAUACUGAUUAAUUUCUUGGACCUUUUAGAUAUCUUAAUAAGGAGCCCUGGGAGUAUAAAACGAGAAGAGAAGCUAGAAGAUCUUAAGCUGCUUUUCGUGCAUGUGCAUCAUCUUAUAAACGAAUAUCGACCCCACCAAGCAAGAGAGACCUUGAGAGUCAUGAUGGAGGUCCAGAAACGUCAACGUCUUGAAACAGCUGAGAGGUUUCAGAAACACCUGGAACGAGUAAUUGAAAUGAUUCAAAAUUGCUUGGCUUCUUUGCCUGAUGAUUUGCCCCAUUCGGAAGCAGGGAUGAGAGUUAAAACUGAGCCAAUGGACACUGAUGAUAACAGCAAUUGUACUGGACAGAAUGAACAACAAAGAGAAAACUCAGGUCACAGGAGGGACCAGAUUAUAGAAAAAGAUGCUGCCUUAUGUGUCCUAGUUGAUGAAAUGAAUGAAAGACCGUGAAGAGUAUUUCUUUUUUUCUUUUAGUGAGUAGCAUCAUAUAUUAGUUUAUUUUCUCUUGGGCAAUCUUAAGAGGUAUAACUAAAAAUAUAAAGGGACUUUUUUCAAUUGAAAUGCUGUACGUGGCAAUUUAACAGUAAGCAUAGGCAAAGUAUAUUUGAGUAAUGACCAUGAAAAAGCAGAAUGUUUGCUAUUGUAUGGGAUAGUCUUAUUUUUGGAGUUGGAAUAAAGAUUUGAAGUAAUA